UACUAGUCUCUAGUUAGUAUAUCUUAACAAGUAUCAACAACAGUUUAAGAACAAUGUUUGCUAGUGCCAUUAGAAUGGGUAAGAUCGUGGGUGCACCAAAAGGUCAUGAUCGUUACAGAGAUCCUUUAACUCAUCAAAUAACACCAGCAUUAUAUAGAGUUAGAGCUCCAUUUUUUAAAAGAAAUGUGAUUGGAUUUGUAUUGGUAAGUGCUAUACCACUUGGUGUUUAUAUGUAUACUUGGAGCUUUUUAAGUAAGGAUGAAUUUAGUGAUAUUCCUAUUCCACCUAUUGAUGAUGCUGAAUUAAAACAAUUACAAGCUGAAUAUGAAGCUAAGAAAAAGCAACAAUCAUAAGAAGAAUUGAGAGUUAAUUGAUAAUUAAUUGAAAAAAUGUCUCAUGAUUUGUUAUAUAUAUAAAUAAAUAAAAAAAACACUAAACUACACUACAUUGGUAUUCUUGUACAUAGUAUCGUAAGUAAAAUAUACGUUAUAUAUUAUUAAGACAUUCUAUAAAAUGACCAAAGUACUUUAAUGGCUUUGAUGAU